UCUAACGGCCCCCUCUUCCUCUCCCUUUGCAGGCGUAGAGCGGCUUCAGUUCCGCCAUGGUGCGGCUGCAUGUGAAGCGCGGCGACGAGAGCCAGUUCCUGCUUCAUGUGUCCGGUAGCGCCCGCCUCGCCGACCUGGCGCCGCUCGUCGCCCGCAUCUACAAUGGCAGGUUGAAGGUGCAGCGGCUCUGCUCAGAGAUGGAGGAGCUGGCAGAACAUGGUGUUUACUUACCUUAUAAUAUGCAAGGACUGACAGAUGAGCAAAUCGAAGAACUGAAGUUAAAGGAUGAGUGGGCAGAAAAGUGUGUACCAAGCGGUGGAAGUGUCUUUAAGAAGGAUGAAAUUGGGCGAAGAAAUGGACACGCUCCAAAUGAGAAAAUGCAGCAAGUUAUAAAGAAAACGAUAGAGGAAGCCAAGGCAUUAAUCUCUAAGAAACAAGUUCAGGCCAAUGUGUGUGUUAAUAUGGAGAUGGUGAAAGAUGCAUUGGACCAGCUCCGAGGGGCUGUGAUGAUUGUGUAUCCAAUGGGAUUGCCUCCACAUGAUCCAAUUAGGAUGGAGCUGGAAGAUAAAGAAGACUUGUCAGGAACUCAUGCUGGACUUGAGGUUAUAGAAGAAUCAGCAGCACAAUUAUGGUGGGCAGGAAAGGAGUUGAAGGAAACAAAGUUGCUCUCUGAUUAUAUAGGCAAAAAUGAGAAAACAACCAUCAUUGUCAAGAUACAGAAAAAAGGACAAGGAGCUCCAGGGCGUGAACCUCUGAUUAGUCAUGAAGAGCAAAAACAGAUGAUGCUGCACUACUACAGAAAGCAGGAGGAGCUGAAGAAACUAGAAGAGGACGAUGACGACUCAUUUCUGAAUGCAGAGUGGGCAGACAGCCAUGCCUUGAAAAGGCAAUUUCAUGGUGUAAAAGACAUCAAGUGGGGUCCGAGAUGAAGCUCUGCAGAAACCUUUUUGCCUCUUCAAGCUGUUUGGUUGGUACACUUGUUUGCAGUUAGGAGUUA